AAGCAGCAGGUGGGGCACUCUGUCACUGGCAACUCAGCUGAAGCCACUCUGGAGAGGGGCAGGCCACCAGAAAAUUCAUCAGCCCGUGCUGCCUGUUGGCCAUGAGUGAGCUCUGCUCUCUGACCACAGAGGAAGGCUUGGACCCCCAGGUAGAGGGAAGUCACCAGAGCUCCCCGGAGGAAGGUCCGAUGGAGGCCUCCAGGCCUCGUCACAGCCUCGGUGUCCUGCACGUCUCCUAUAGCGUCAGCAAUCGUGUUGGGACCUGGUGGGAUAUUGCAUCUCGCCGGCGGCAGCAGUGGAACAGGCAGAUCCUCAAAGAUGUUUCCUUGUACGUGGAAAGUGGACAGAUCAUGUGCAUCUUGGGGAGCUCAGGCUCAGGGAAGACCACGCUGCUGGAUGCCAUAUCCGGGAGGCUCAGGCGCACGGGCACCCUGCUCGGGGAGGUUUGUGUCAACGGCCGGGCGCUGCGCCGGGACCAGUUCCAGGACUGCUUCUCCUAUGUCAUGCAGAGCGACAUCUUCCUGAGCGGCCUCACGGUGCGCGAGACGCUGCGCUACACGGCGAUGCUGACCACGCGCCAGGGCUCCGCAGAUUUCUUCCAGAAGAAGGUGGAAGCUGUCAUGGCAGAGCUGAAUCUGAGCCAUGUGGCAGACCAAGUGAUUGGCCACUAUAACUUUGGGGGCAUUUCCAGUGGUGAGAGGCGCCGAGUCUCCAUUGCAGUCCAGCUCCUCCAAGACCCCAAGAUCAUGCUUUUCGAUGAGCCAACCACAGGCCUGGACUCCAUGACUGCAAAUCAGAUCAUCUACCUCCUGGCAGAGCUGGCUCGCAGGGACCGCAUCGUGCUCCUCACCAUCCACCAGCCCCGCUCUGAACUCUUCCAGCACUUUGACAAAAUUGCGAUCCUGACCUUUGGAGAGCUGGUUUUCUGUGGCACCCCAAUGGAGAUGCUCGAUUUCUUCAAUGGCUGUGGUUACCCCUGCCCUGAACAUUCCAAUCCUUUCGACUUCUACAUGGACCUGACUUCAGUGGAUUUUCAAAGCAAAGAACGAGAAAUAGAAACCUACAAGCAAGUCCAUAGGCUUGAAUCUGCCUACAAAGAGUCGGCAAUCUGUCGUAGAACUUUGGAGAACAUUGAAAGAACAAAAUGCCUAAAAAACUUACCAAUGGUUCCUUUCAAAACCAAAGAUCUUCCAGGAACUCUCUGUAAACUGGGAGUCCUCUUGAGGAGAGUGACAAGAAACCUAUUGAGAAAUAAGCAAGCAGUGUCUAUGCGUCUCCUUCAGAAUCUGAUUCUGGGUUUGUUCAUUCUCUUUUUCCUCCUGCGGGUCCAGAAUGACAUGCUAAAGGGCGCUGUCCAGGACCGCGUAGGUCUCCUGUACCAGUUGGUGGGCGCCACCCCAUACACGGGCAUGCUCAAUGCCGUGACUCUGUUCCCUGUGCUGCGAGCUGUCAGUGACCAGGAGAGUCUGGAUGGCCUGUAUGAGAAGUGGCAGAUGCUGCUGGCCUACGUGCUGCACAUCCUCCCCUUCAGCAUCAUUGCCACUGUGAUUUUCAGCAGUGUCAGCUACUGGGCUUUAGGCUUAUAUCCUGAGGCUGCUCGAUUUGGAUAUUUCUCUGCUGCGGUCUUAGCCCCUCACUUAAUUGGUGAAUGUUUAGCUCUUGUGCUACUUGGUAUAGUGCAAAAUCCAAAUAUUAUCAACAGUUUAGUGGCUGUGCUGAUCACGGCUGGGUUGCUGAUUGGAUCUGGAUUUGUGAGGAACAUACAAGAAAUGAACUUUCCUUUUAGAAUCUACAGUUAUUUUACAUUCCAAAAAUAUUGCUGUGAGAUUCUUGUAGUCAAUGAGUUCUACGGACUGAAUUUCACUUGUGGCAACUCAAAUAACUCUGUGAUGAACAACCCAAUGUGCACCAUCACUCAAGGAAUUCAGUUCAUUGAAGGAACCUGCCCCGGUGCCACAUCCAGAUUCACAACAAACUUUCUGAUUUUAUAUGCCUACAUCCCACUUCUGGUCAUUCUAGGAAUAGCUGUUUUUAAACUAAGGGACUAUUUCACUAGCAGAUAGUAUGGAGCUCUGCUGGGAGACGGAAGUUCAGCUGUCAGAUGUGGACGACUGUUCCAAACGUCUGCAGUAACUACACCGUGGAUUUCUUUCUUGGUGGGCACUGUCCUUCCUCCACUAAGACUUCACCUGUGCUCUUCAGAUUCACACAGUCCUCGAGUCACAGCCCCUUGUCACUCCAACCUGUUAGGACGGGUGGUAUUUGAAAAUUGUGACAAGAAUGUAAAUAAUAAUAAUCCGUAAGCCUAUGGGAGACCAGUGUGAAUAUGUUUUCCUUGUUCUAUAAAAAAAAAAAAAUGAAUGUUUAUAAACUAUGCUUAUGCUUGAUGCAGAA